GAUGGAAGCGGUGCGCCUGCUCCCCCUCCUCCUCCUCCUGGGAUUCUCCGUGUCCUCGUCGGCGGUCUGGGACCUGGUGCUGCUCCACACCAACGACGUACACGCUCGUGUGGAGGAGACCGACGUUAACUCCGGGAAAUGCGGCGUUAACGGGCAGUGCUUCGCCGGCGUGGCCCGGAUAGCCACGGAGGUCAAAAGGAUCCGCAGCACCGAGAACAACGUGCUGCUCCUGGACGCCGGGGACCAGUUCCAGGGUACCGUGUGGUUCAACUUCUACAAGGGGGCCGAGGCGGCACACUUCAUGAACAAGCUGCGCUACGACGCCACGGUUUUUGGGAACCACGAGUUCGAUAACGGAGUCGAAGGACUCAUGAAACCGUUCCUGGAACAGAUCAAGUGUCCCAUUCUCAGUGCUAACAUCAAACCGGACCACACUCUGAACGCAACGUUUGGGAUCACUUAUUUACCUUAUAAGAUAUUUACCAUUGGCAGAGAGAAGGUGGGCGUGGUGGGGUACACCACACAGGAAACACCGGCUCUCUCCAAGCCUGGACCUCACCUGCAGUUCCUGGACGAGGUGACCUCUCUACAGGUACAGGUGGACAAACUUCGGACUCUGGGGAUCAAUAAGAUCAUCGCUCUCGGUCACUCUGGCUUCACUGUAGAUCAGAUGAUCGCCAAGAAGGUCCGUGGGGUCGACGUCGUCAUCGGCGGACACACCAACACGUUCCUGUAUACAGGAACUCCUCCCUCUACUGAAGUCCCAGCCGGUACGUAUCCCUUCAUGGUGACCUCAGAGGACGGGCGAAAGGUUCCUGUUGUGCAGGCCUACGCCUUUGGAAAAUAUCUGGGUUAUCUGAAGGUCUCUUUUGAUGAUGCUGGGAAUGUAGUGAAGUCAACUGGAAACCCCAUCCUCUUGGACAGCAGCAUCAAACAGGAUUCGGAGGUGCUGGCUGAUGUGGAGGAAUGGAAGAAGAAUCUGGCCAACUACUCGGCUCAGGUGGUGGGAAAGACUCUGGUCUUCCUGAACGGGUCGACUCAGGAUUGCCGCUUUAAGGAAUGCAACCUGGGAAACCUCAUCUGCGACGCCAUGCUCGACAACUACAUCAGUUUCUCAAAUGAUGUCCAAUGGAACCACGUCAGUGCCUGCAUCUUGAACGGAGGAGGCGUUCGGGCAUCUAUCGACGAGCACACAAGGAAUGGUUCAAUCACAAUGGAGGACCUGAUAGCCGUCUUACCCUUUAGCGGAACCUUUGACCUGGUGGAGCUAAAGGGCUCCACGCUGAGGAAAGCUUUCGAACACUCGGUGGAACGAUACGGCCAGAGCACCGGAGAGUUCCUUCAAGUGUCCGGAAUUCGUGUAGAAUUUGACCUCUCCAAACCACCGCAGCAUCGUGUCAAAAGCCUCAGCAUCCUUUGCACCAAAUGCCGCGUUCCUGUCUAUGAACCCGUCGAGAAUGAGAUGGUUUACAAGGUGGUGCUGCCGUCAUACAUGGUGACAGGAGGCGAUGGAUUCUCGAUGAUCAAAGACGGGUUCCUCAAACAUAACAGCGGGGAUUUGGACAUUUCAGUCGUGUCAAGAUACAUCACACAAAGAAAACAAGUUUAUCCCUCUGUCGAAGGACGCAUCAAGCUGUACAACUCAGCUGCUGGACUUGAGGGCCAAACAGCUUCCCUGGUUUUUAUGGUUUCACUCGUGCUUCUCUGGAGUUUCCGUGGAAACAUCUAACUUUUAAAAACUGUUUUCAAAGGCAGUGAAACCACGACGGAUUAAAAUGAUGUAAUCAUGUAGGACUGGGAGAACUUUCUUCAUAAAAUACUGACAUUAAUGACUAAUAUUUUUUUAUAACGAAAAGGGAAGCCCCAUGUCAGUGUGGUAAUAUCGUUCACUUCCAUCUAGGAACAAAUGUGGACAAAAGUGCAAAAAACGCAGCCAAGAGUUGAAACAAGUGCUACGGUUUCUCCAGUAAUCACUGGCAGCCUCGAGGGAAAAAAAGUGCUGUGGUCAGAAGAAAAAGUGUAAAAUAUCUUUUGUGUAUAGUUAUAACUCUCGUCUUCCGUAUACUUCGGCCUCAAAAUGAAAUCAGCACCAUCAAGGCUUUUUGUGUUUGAUGUUUUUUAAGCUCUGCUAACUGUGAGAUCCGGAGGAACCAUCAGACUCCCCCACACCACACCAUUAGCCAGAUACCUGCCUACUGUGGCAGAUGCACAGUGGUAUUAAUAUUUUGCACAUUUGGGUACUGACAGGUAUUGCACUGCUAAGCUGGACAGCGCCGCCAUUUCAUAAUAAACAUAUGGUAAAAACUGAG